AUGGAUACAGCUGCUAUUAUGGACCACGUUCUGGCGGCUGGAAAGUCAAUUGAAGCCUUUACAGCGCAGAUCCGGCCGAUCGCAAUGGACCAAAACGUUGUACUUUCCAUCGCUAUUGGCUAUUUUAUUCUAGUCCAACUUGUCAACCCUCCUUCAAAAUCACAACCGGUGAAGCUCGGCACUGCCGUCACCUUUUUGGUCUUCUUACAUAACGUUGCACUUUGUGCCUACUCGGCAUGGACGUUUUAUAACACUGGACCAGUAUGGAUUCAAAGGCUAUUAGAUGGCGAGAACUUUUUCCAUACUUUCUGUGACUUGGAUGGUGUCUAUUGGAAGCAGACUCUCGAUAAAUACGCAUACUUGUUCUACCUGUCCAAGUACUAUGAGUUCAUUGACACAGUGAUAUUAUUGAUGAAGAAUCGAAGAGUGGGUCUUCUUCAAUCGUAUCAUCACACUGGUGCAGUCAUUACAAUGUUCCUGUUGGUGGAGAGCCAGGCAACGGCCUGCUGGAUUUUUGUAGUGUUCAACAGCUUCAUUCACACGAUCAUGUAUGCCUACUAUGCAGCCUCUACUAUUGGCAUCCACUUUCCAUUCAAGCAGUUGAUUACUAUAUCCCAGAUUACACAAUUCUUGGUUGGAUCGUGUUUUGGAGUGUUUUAUAUCUUCUGCCCUGGAUGUGCCAAACGACUUGAUGAAGGAUUCUCGUGGGGCUCCGAAAGGACAUCUAUUGCAGUCACGGUUGUUUAUCUGAUUCCUCUAACUUAUCUGUUCUUUGAUUUCGCCUUUAGGACCUAUGGAAAGAAGGCGCGUUCUUCUAAAUCCAAUGGACACACUGGAAAGCCUUUGAAAGAAGAAUAA